AUGGAGCCCCAUACAAUCGACGUACAAAGUCCCGCGACAAGCUACCGCCGCGUCAACAAGAGCACGAAAGACUCGACGGAGAUGAGCUCCACCAGCUCGCCAGGCACUAGCUCGCUCAAGCGCUUUGCGUGCCAGUUCGACCCCGGCUCGAAGAACGGGCGCGUGUUGGUGCUGCUUUUUGACCGUGAUGGAGACUCGGAGUUCAAAGAAAUGAGCCGACUGGAUGUGCUGAGGAUGACGCGACAAGCAGCCGUGGAAAAAGAGGAGCCGGAUGGCACUGUCGAAUCUCUGGACGUUGCCACAGCGCCGAUGCGGCGACUGGGAAUUCCGGGCGCUAAGGGAAGACGAGGCAGUAUUAAUGGAAUGUAUGGGGAUUCCGGAGGGGCGGAACUUAAUUACGCCACCGUCUGCGACGUACAGCGAGUUCACGCGCGAGAUAUUCGACGAAUGGAGAAUGCAUUUUCAGUAUCGAACGAGCCGUCAAUCAUCAUCCGAAAGCAAGCGAUUCUCAUCAGCGCUGAUCCGUUGCGGGCGAUCGUGAUGCGAGACGUUUGUCUCGUUUAUGUCCCUGAUGGAGCGGAUAGUUUGUUGUCUAUUUUGAAGGAGAAAUUUGGCCAAGCUGCCCGGGAGAAUGCAGAAGAUCCGUAUGAGUUCAGGGCCCUGGAAGCGUUGCUUGCAACACUUGCACGUUACUUUCAAGCAGACUACGAGAAGCUCUCUCCAGUCGUGGUCUCGGCUUUGGACCGGCUUGUGCAAGGAAAUCUCCACUCACGCGAACUGGAGACGCUUCGCGAGUUUAAGAACACUAUGAACGAGUUUGAGUCACAAGUAGAUGGCGUACGUCGCGUGCUGAUGGAGUUGCUGGACAACGAAGAGGACCUUCGGUUGUUGUACCUGACCAAGCUUUACGAAGACCCCUCUCUUCUUACGGAUCUGUACAGUUUUGACUCGGAGGAAGCUGAAGUUCUAAUCGAGAAUUACCUUCAAGACAUUUUUUCCACGCGCACGCAGGCAGAUCUAAUGCAACACCGCAUCACGAACACUGAGAGUUUGGUGAUGCUGAAGCUUGACUCGAUGCGAAACUACUUGCUUCGAGCAGAUCUUGUGUUUUCGCUUGUGACGAUUAGUUUAUCGGCAGGUACACUACUUGCCGGUGUUUUCGGCAUGAAUCUAUCGUCAGGGGUGGAGGAAGCAUGGGGGUGGUUUUGGGGAGUUGCGAUAUCAUGCGUUGUAGCUUUUGGGGUCAUCACUACCACGGGCAUGGUAUACUUUAAACAAAAGGGAGUUCUACAGCUUUAA